AUGGCACCCUCCCCCUCCUCCGCCCAACACCGCCCUCAUUCUACCUCCCUCCGCAACUCCCUUUCCUGGCUUUUCCUUUCCUUGUUCUUCCUCUACAUCCUCUACUAUUCCACCAUCCUUUUCGAACCUGCACCUGUCGUCGACACCACCACCAGAACCACAACAACUAACACCACAACCGACUGCCACGAUCACCUCUCUGCUGCGGAAAAUCUCCAAAAUCCCAUUUCCUCCUCUAACACCACCAUACCUGAACCAUUAUCAACCCAACCGGUUCUCCGUUUUGAUACCGAACUCAAACAUAUUGCAUUCGGGAUUGCGGCCUCAUCUAGACUAUGGCGGAACAGAAAGGAAUAUAUCAAGCUAUGGUGGCGACGUGGGGAGACCAGGGGGGCUGUUUGGCUAGACAAGCAUGUAAAAACCAUGAAAAAUGAAAGCCUACCCGACAUCCACAUCUCUGAGGAUACCUCAAAGUUUCCAUACACAAACCCCGAUGGGGAUAGGUCCGCCAUCCGUAUAUCUAGAGUGGUUUCCGAGACACUGAGACUGGAAAUGGAGGAUGUGCGGUGGUUUGUCAUGGGAGACGACGACACUGUAUUCAUUGUGGAGAAUUUAGUGAGGGUUUUGUCUAAAUAUGAUCACAAUCAGUUUUAUUAUAUCGGGUCUACGUCAGAAAGUCAUUUCCAGAACAUGUUAUUUUCGUACGGGAUGGCUUUUGGUGGCGGUGGGUUCGCCAUCAGUUACCCAUUGGCUGUGGAGUUGGAGAAGAUGCAGGACCGGUGUCUUCAUAGAUAUCCUGGUUAUUAUGGAAGUGAUGAUAGAAUGCAUGGUUGUAUGGCUGAACUUAAUGUCCCACUCACCAGAGAACCAGGAUUUCAUCAGUUUGAUGUGCAUGGGAAUCUCUUGGGUCUAUUAGCAGCCCAUCCAGUAACUCCAUUUGUCUCUCUCCACCACCUAGAUGUAGUCGACCCAAUAUUUCCAGGAAUGACAAGAGCUCAAGGCAUCAAACACUUGCUACAAUCGACUAAGUAUGAUUCUGCAAGUAUCAUACAGCAGUCCAUUGGCUACGACAAGAAAAGGCAAUGGUCCAUUUUGGUCUCAUGGGGUUUUGCCAUCCAAAUUAUACGUGGAAUCCUAUCUCCAAGAGAGCUUGAGAUACCUACUCGCACAUUCCUAAAUUGGCACAAAAGGCUCGAUUACACAGCAUAUGCAUUCAACACCAGGCCUGUCACAAGGAACCCAUGCCAGAAGCCAUUCGUGUAUUACAUGAGUUCAACUAGGUAUGACAAAAGUAAGGGGAAGAUCAUUGGGAUCUAUACUCUUCAUAAAGAACGCUACCCUCAUUGCAAAUGGAAGAUGGAAUCUCCUGAAACUAUUGAUACAAUCGUGGUCUUAAAGAAGGAAGAUAAUCUUCGUUGGACAAAGGCACCAAGGAAGGAUUGUUGUAGAGUGCUGCCUGCUCGUAAGAAAGGAAUUCUAUACUUGUGGGUUGGUAAUUGUCGAAAAAAUGAAGUCAUCGAGUUGUAG